GUGGAGCGGUUACAUCCACACACACAUCCACACGCGCAGCCUCUUUACGCAGCCUUUUUACGCAUGCAUGCGCGCACUCCCGGUCCAGUCCGAACCCCCGCAACCCGCAGCCCCUGAUCCAGCCCGGACCCCCUGGAAACUGAAGCCUCUGGUCCAGUCCAAACCCCCGGUGCAGCUGCAGCAGCUGAAGCCUCGCAGCGUCUGUCAGGAUGGGCAGAGGAGCGUGUUUUCCUCGGGACGUCUGUGUGUUUAUCCUCCUCCUAAAUACUUGCAGGGUGAUGGGGAACGCCGCUCUCGCAGAUGUGGAUGAAUGUGCAGAAGAUUCAGACGACUGCCAUAUCGAUGCCCUCUGCCAGAACACGCCCAUGUCUUACAACUGCAUCUGCAAACCAGGCUUUAAGGGAGAUGGCAAGCACUGUGAGGAUAUGGACGAAUGUGAAAAUGACUACAAUGGGGGCUGUGUACACGAAUGCAUCAACAUACCUGGCAACUACAGGUGCACCUGCUAUGAUGGAUUCAUGCUGGCCCACGAUGGACACAACUGUUUAGAUGUGGAGGAGUGUCUGGACAACAAUGGUGGAUGCCAACAAGUGUGCGUCAACACGAUGGGAAGCUACGAGUGUCAGUGCACGGACGGGUUUUUCCUCAGCGACAACCAGCACACCUGCAUCCACCGCUCUGACGAUGGAAUGAACUGCAUGAACAAAGACCAUGGCUGUGCUCAUAUCUGCAGAGAGGCUCCAGGCAAAGGCGGGGUGUCAUGCGAGUGCCGUCCUGGCUUUGAGUUGGCCAAAAAUCAGAAAGACUGUACUUUGACUUGUAACUAUGGAAACGGCGGUUGCCAGCACACAUGUGAUGACACAGAUACAGGGCCGGUGUGUGGCUGCCACCAAAAGUACGCCCUGCACUCAGACAGCAAGACCUGCAUUGAGAAAGAUGAGGCUGCAAUUGAGAGCUCUGAGUUCAAUGCCACGUCAGUAGCUGAUGUGGACAAGCGGGUGAAACGGCGGCUACUUAUGGAGACUUGUGCCGUAAACAACGGUGGCUGUGACAGGACAUGUAAAGACACGGCCACAGGGGUGCGCUGCAGCUGCCCCGUGGGAUUCACCCUGCAGCCUGACGGCAAAACCUGCAAAGACAUUGAUGAAUGCCAGGAGAACAACGGAGGCUGUGAUCACUUUUGUCGAAAUACAGUGGGCUCCUUUGAGUGCAGUUGCCAGAAAGGCCAUAAACUUCUUACUGAUGAACGGACAUGUCAAGACAUUGAUGAGUGCUCCUUUGAGAGGACCUGUGACCACACCUGUAUCAACUACCCAGGCAGCUACGAGUGCGUGUGCAACAAGGGAUUUAUCCUAUAUGGACUUACUCACUGUGGAGAUAUUGAUGAGUGCAGCAUCAGCAACGGCAGCUGUGAGUUUGGCUGUAUAAACACACAGGGCGGCUAUGAGUGUGUGUGUCCACCAAGACAGAAACUCCAUUGGAACAAGAAAGAUUGCAUACAGGCAGUAAAGUGUCUUCCCAAUGGAAAGCCAGCACCAAGAGCCCAAUUGACUUGUACCAAGAGUGGAGGGACAGAGGUUUGUUCACUGUCAUGCCCCUCCAACGCUCUCUUUCUCGCAGACUCAGAGAACAGCUAUACACUGAGCUGUGGUGUGCCUGUUCAGCAUGGUAAAACUUCUCAGAAGAGGAAUGCUACUUCUGCUUUACCGACCUGUGCUGACACGCUGGCACCGCCCAUCAAGCAGAAGGCCAGGUUUAAGAUCAAGGAUGCCAAGUGCCACCUGAGGCCACGCAAUAAGGAGACAAACAAAGAAACAUCUAAGCAAAAUCUUCAAGGAGGCCAGUUCCCCUGCACAGACGACUGUCAAGUAACUUUUGUCAAUCUCAAGUGCGAUUCAUCAAAGAAGCGUCGCAGAGGACGCAAAUCUCCUUCAAAAGAGGUUUCCCAUAUUACAGCUGAGUUUGAAAUGGAGAUGAAAGAGGAGGAAGCCUCAGACUCCUGUAACAUUGAUUGUGUGCGAGAGAGGAUGAAACAGAAACUGCAGAAUGCUAUGCGGACACUCAGAAAAUCCAUCAAUAAACAACAGUUCUACAUCCAGAUUUCUGGAACAGAGUAUGAAGUUGCCCAGAAACCAGCCAGGACACCGGAGGGAGCUGAGACCUGCAGCACUGGACAAGUCCACCGAGAUGGAAAGUGCGUGAGCUGUGGUGUGGGGACAUUUUAUAGUGGGGAGCAGGCGCAAUGUGUCCCAUGCCUUCCUGGAACAUACCAGGACAUGGUUGGCCAGCUGUCCUGUGAGCCAUGUCCCAGUACUGAAGGACAGGGCAUUGCUGGUGCCAAGAAUGUGUCUCAGUGUGGAGGUCAGUGUCCAGCAGGUCAUUUCUCUGCGGAUGGAUUCCGCCCGUGCCAGGCCUGUCCUCCGGGCUUUUAUCAGUCAGAAGCCGGCCGGGUCUUGUGCUUCCCGUGUGGAGGGGGACUAAUGACCAAAUAUGAAGGAUCUGUUUCCUUUAAGGAUUGUGAGGCCAAAGUGCACUGUGCCCCUGGACAUUACUACAACUCCAGCACCCACCGCUGUAUCCGCUGCCCUGCAGGGACGUACCAGUCGGAGUUUGGGCAGAACUACUGCAUCACCUGCCCCGGAAACACCACCACCGACUUUGACGGAGCCACCAAUGUCUCCCACUGCAAAAACCAGUUAUGUGGAGGAGAACUGGGAGAGUACACCGGCUACAUCGAGUCUCCUAACUAUCCCGGAGAUUACCCAUCAAACGUCAACUGUGUCUGGACCAUAAACCCGCCGCACAAAAGGAGAAUCCUCAUUGUGGUGCCAGAAAUCUUCCUCCCCAUCGAAGAUGAGUGUGGAGAUGUGCUAGUCAUGAGGAAGAGCGCCCUGCCUACAUCCAUCACCACCUACGAGACCUGCCAGACCUACGAGCGUCCCAUCGCCUUCACCUCUCGCUCACGCAAACUCUGGAUCCAGUUUAAGACCAACGAGGGCAACAGUGGCAAAGGCUUCCAGGUUCCAUAUGUCACCUAUGAUGAGGACUACCAGCAGCUGAUAGAGGACAUUGUGCGAGACGGCAGGCUUUACGCCUCUGAAAACCACCAGGAGAUAUUGAAGGACAAGAAGCUGAUAAAAGCGCUGUUUGACGUACUUGCUCACCCCCAGAACUACUUCAGGUACACGGCAGCAGAGUCCAAAGAGAUGUUCCCUCGCUCCUUCAUCAAGCUGCUGCGCUCCAAAGUCACCAGAUUCCUACGACCAUACAAAUAGAAGAAUAGCAGGGGCCCGUCAACAGUUCUGUUCAAGAUCCUGGUCGUCCUGCAUCAUUCCAAACCCAGCAACAGAAGUGUAACCCCAAAACCUCUCUUCUUUUCCUCACAUAUGCUGAUUUACACAUUUUGUGGUUUAAAAUCUUCAAUCUAUGUUAUUCUCACUCUUACUUGUCACAUAAUGCAUUUCAACUAUUUGACCCCUUUAAAUUGAAAUAGAUCAUUAGCAACAUCCCCUGUUGUAGUUUUACGCAUGCAAGGUUUGACCAACAGAAGUUUUUAAAAGCUAUCACUAUAUUUUUAUGUAGAAAAAAUUCCUAGUAUUUGAAUGUAUAGACUUUCUUUGUAUUAGAGAGCUUGUCUCCAUCAAUAUAUCCAUUUAAAAAUAAAUAAUUCAAAUAAUACACUGUAGUUUUAAAGCACACUUCUAAUUAUCAUCCUUAACAUAAGUACUUUUUUGGAUUUUUAUGAUUUUCUCUUGUAGAUUAAGCUCACAUAUGCGAUCCGUCUAGUCCAGGGCUCGGCAACCCGCGGCUCUAGAGCCGCAUGCGGCUCUUUAGCGCCGCCCUAGUGGCUCCUGGAGCUUUUUCAAAAAUGUUUGACCUUUUUUUCCCCUUUUUUUUCCUUUUUUUUCUUCUUUUUUUCCCUUUUCUUCUUUCUUUUCUUUUUUUUCUUCCUUUUUAAUCUCGACAUUUCGACUUUUUUCUCAACAUUUUGACUUUUUCCACAAAAUUUUGACUAUUUCCUCGACAUUUAAACUUUUUUCUCAACAUUUCGACUUUUUUCUCAACAUUUCGACUUUUUUCUCUAAUUGUACUUCAACAUUAAUCUCGACACUGACUUUUUUCUCGACAUUUCGACUUUUUUCUCGACAUUUUGACUUUUUUCUCAACAUUUCAACUUUUUUUCUCGAGAUUGUACUUCAACAUUAAUUUCGACUUUUUGACUUUUUUCUCGACAUUUCGACUUUUUUCUCAUAGUGCAUAAAAAAAAAAUCUUCCCCCAGUUAUAACUAGAUACAUGCAGCAUGUGUUGCCUUCAUUCUGAGGCUUAUAAAAGACUUUUCAUUUUUUGCGGCUCCAGACAUAUUUGUUUUUUAUGUUUUUGGUCGAAUAUGGAUCUAAAACAUUUUGGGUUGCCGACCCCUGGUCUAGUCAGUUCACUCGUUUACUAGCAUCUAGUCCACUAAAAAAAUCCAGUAACAUCAAACUUUAAACCAGUAGAUGGUUUUCUUAGCAUUGCAUAAAAACUAGAAAACAAGGGCAUUGUUUCAAGUUGAAGUGAAGCAGUUAUUCCUCCCGUCUCCUCUAAGGUGACAGUAGGUGACACUUUAUUCUUACGGGCUUUGCCAUGCUAGCUGCUUCCACUUUUCCCAGUCUUUGUGCAACAUUUACAUUAGUGGCAAACUCUAUCUUUGUAUUUAAUGGACAAGAAUGAGCGCAAUUGAAUCGGCCCAUAUGUCUUUUGAAAAGAAACUUUUCACCUUAAAAUGUUGUGUUAGAAGUGGGUGAAUAAGUUGUGAGCUGCAUUUUAAGUAAAAGAGGCCCAUGUCACAGAAAAAGCUGCUAUUAUGUAGGAACACAUGUAUUGACAUAUUCGGCUGCAGCUGAUCUGUGUGGACAGAAGAAAUGACACGUAGUUGCGUUCUAAACUGGAUUUCUUUAGUGGCUUUCAUGAGAUGAGAAGAGAGAGAGAUGAGAAACUAACUAGUAUACUUAAACAGAUUUCACAUCACAAAUUAAAAUGUUUAAACAUGCACAAAAACCAUUCCAGCAGUGCUUUUUCCACAAAGAAAGAUCACAUGAGCUGAAUCACAAAGUUUAUAUACAGUUUGUAUUUCUUUUUUUUUUUUUUUUUGUUACAGGAUGAAAUAAACUACCUGCAAGUAAGAAGUUUUACUUUAGAGAGAACUAUAUGUGAUUAAUUAAUAUUAGGAACUUUGAUUGCACUUGAAUUUAAGAUUUUAAAAUUUUGGAGGAAAAGAAUUAUCAUUAUUAGUUUUGGUUUUGUUACCUUUUUUGUCUUGUUUUGACAUUUGCCAAAUGUGAUCGUAAUAAGUGAAAAAGAUAGCUGUGUCUCCUGUUAUGACUUACUACUUAGAAACAGUAAAUUGGUCAACGUUAGUAGCUUCAACUUAAACCAGAGCAUAUGUUAAACUAAAGCACAUAGAAGCGAUACAAGGUGACCGCCACCACUGCAGUUAGUGUGCGUUUUUACUGCUCAGUCUUUUUCAUCCUUAAAGCACGUUCAACAUCUGCCAGAGAGUAGAAGCGUCUCCUUAAAAGCUUCUUGUAUGAUGGCACUACAUAUGUACUGCAGUGUAAACAAGUUUCCCCAAAUCACUUGUGCACUUUCUUUCAAUUGUGUAGGAAGUAUAGCCUGUUUUUUUAAUCUAGCCUGUUCGAACAAUUCUGUGCCAUUCCCACUGAUACUAAUAUGUCUAUAAAAUCCAAUAUCAUGUAUUCAAGAUGUAUUCAAGAUAGACCAUAUAUCUGCACAAUGUGACUGGAAAUGAAAAGUGUGUAUUGCAUGAUUUUUUUGUGUGAAUUUCAUAAUUGUGUCGUAUUCAAUAAGACCUUACAGCAGUUCAAAAGUCGUACUCUAUGUAAUAUCCCUUAUUGCGUUUUAAGGUUUAAAAGAAAUUCUCCUGUUAGAAAUGUCAUGAAAUGGAAGCUUCUUACCCUUCGGAGGGCAUUAAGAAGAUGACACAAAGAUAAGCGUUGUUACAAAGUGCUCAUCAGAAUUGGCCACUCAGGAUGUUUUACAUGACUUUGUCCUCAACACAUCUUAUAUUGCUGGACUUUUUUUUUCCAUUGCAGAGGUUUUCCCACCUUCCAGGCAGCUUUAAAAGUCAGCUGAAUUGAAUGAUUCAUUUAUGGAUAGUAUUUGUUAGGUUUAGAUGGCGUGUAUUCUGCAGAUAGUGACAUUUAUAUUAUUUCAUUUCCUUCAGCGGAUUACACAUGUAGCCACUGCUUUCAAACUGACGUACAUCUUGAGUGAAGAGGAGACUCAAACAAUCUGAGCAGGCAUGGCACAGACCCUUACUUCCUUAAAGUAGUCCCUUAGAGUAGGAAGGGUGAGCAUUUUAUCCUUAUUAUUCUCCUAAGACCUGGCGUACACAUAUGUGGACGUCACACCUUUUGUUGUUUAUAUCAUAUAUCAUUUUUAAUUCCUUAACACGGGCCAAAAAGCAACAAGAAAAAAAUUGCACCAGGUCUUAGGAGGUUAACAUUUUUUCUAAAUGUCUUUUUUUUCCCAGCACAAUUUCAUGUGUCUUUUGGCUCAUCUUGCUUGACAAUGGAAACCCACCCUUCAGGUCCUCCCCAGCCUCUGCAGCCUUUCUGGAGCUGUUCUUCAUUUUAUAGGAUUUUUUUUUUUCAGUAAAGAAAACAUAUGGAGAGCAAACAGAGAAAAAAUGGGCAUCUUCAUUUUCUAUCAAGCCAAACUAUCCUGGUGAAGAUUAUGCAAGGCGAUUGGAUAGGCUUUGAAAUAGCAUUUACUUUGUUUUGUGCCAAAUACAGUUUUCAAGAUAAAGUAUGAAGCAGCUGAAGAAUCUGUGUUUUUCCCACCCAGCAGUAAACGCUCAGUUGUAUAGCAAUCGUAUAGUGGCAAAACUGGGUGUGUGUCUAUCACCGUCUUGUGGUCAGGAGGUAAAGUGUUUGUCCGUCAUUUGUAAGGACGGUGGCUUGAUACCCUGCUUCCACAGUUAAAGUGUCCUUGGGCAAAAUAUUGUACCCAACAUUGCCCCCAGUGCAUUUGUUUGUGGGCAAGUAUCUUUUAUGAUGAUGAUGAUGAUGAUGAUGAUGAUGAUGAUGAUGAUGAUGAUGAUGAUGUGUGCUCAAUGUAUGGAAUACAAAGUAAAAAGCACUGUGAGAAUGGGAGAAAGCUGCCUAUAAUGUGAAGCCCUUCAACAGUCCCAAACAAGAAAAGAAAACGACAGUGUAAAUUUAUCCCACUUAACAUUUUCCAAACUAAAAAAAAGGAUCAGCGUGUUGUGGUUGAGCUGGAGUGUUGCUCUCGUUAGCCCCGGUAAUAGUAUCUAUCCCACUGGCUCUCACUUUCUGUGCUCAAGCUUUUGUUUGCAUCUGCUUGAGACGGCAGGCCUGUAUUGAAGCGUACCUGGAAGGGUUGUUUAACAUAUAUAUACGUCAAACGUCCUCCACCUCGUCCAUGAAUUCCUUAUUUUAAUUACUUAUUUUCUUUGAGUUCCAAAAACACCAUGAUACAGGAUAUGAAACAAAAGGGAUGUAUUUUUGGUGGCUCUGCAAUUUAUUUAUUUUUUUUUCUUUUUACAUUGUGCACUGAAAUUAAGCCAAUGGCUAGAAGGUAGGAAAUCAAUCAAAAGACUUGAGCUUUCAAAACAGCCCGCAGCCAUGCGAAAUAUUUAAAGUUAAUGGAUUGAAGCAGGCAAAACCACAAGUAUGGUCCUACACAUCACUGACUUUGGACUUUCUUGUCUUAGUUUUGGCUUUACUAAAAAAGAAAAAAAAGGUUUUAAGUAUUUUAGAAAACAAAUUCAUAUUGUUGUUAGUUACUGUUCCAGGCUAUCUCAAAUUGCUGUCAUACAGACAUGUUGUGGCUUGGCCUGCUUCAUAUGGUAACGGUCGGUGCCAUUUGGUAUGAGUGUUUUGAAAAUGUUGGUAUGAAAUGCUCUAAAAUUUAUGAUUGACUGAUUUUAUUCCCCUGAGAAUGUAUUCUAAUGUGAAUGAGUGUGUGCAUAUGGCAUGGAUGAGAGUCCUAGAAGAAUUUGUGCAGUAGUGUGAUUGUAUGUGAGAAUGAAGACAGUGAGUUUUUUGUUCUUGGUGCCUGUGAAUGAGAAAAGGUCUUUGUAUGUAUGUACUUUAGUAUAUUUUGUAGAGGAAUGAAUUUAACUUUGUUUUAGUCAGUUGUACCCAAAGAAAGAAACUGUUCCACAGUGUCGUGCCAUUGUCCAUGAAACUCCAGUACAACAAAUUAAAUAAAGAGUAGCAGAAAACCGA